AGAGAGGCGAAGAGCCUCCAGCAAACACUGAAAGAAUCACUCAAAACUAAGGAUCCUUGGGACAAGGAGACCGACUUCACACGGAAACAAUUGCGCCGACAUUGCUUGCGCCUCCUCCUUUUGCACCCGUAUGCCCCCGAGUCCAAGGAUGCGGAGAAUCAACUAUGGAUGCAGACAUCUUACGCCUUCAUUGCUGUCUACAAGCAGCGCAUUACCGCACUAGACCGCGCGCUUCACAAUGUUCCUCGGCAGCAACAGCAGCAGUCAGCGCAAGGCCAGGAUGGGCCGGGGCAAGGACGGGGCCAAGGGCAGGGUAGAGGGCAUGGCGGGCACGGCGUCGUCGAGUAUCGCAAGCUCCUCCAACGCUUCCGGCAGUUCCUCGCGGACGAAGAGAAGUUCUGGAUCCAGCUGAUAGUGCGUAUCCGUCGCAUCUUUGCCCUCGACGACGCCCAGCACGUCCUCGCCGGGCUCGGCAUCAUUCCCGACGACACCACGCCCCCGUCCGAGAACGGUCCCCCAAAGCGUAACCAUUACCAGUUCCCGUCCGAUGCGGACGUUGCUGCGGUAGCGCCUUCCCUCACGCCAACAACCCGUGACCAGCGCGAGGGCAGGAUGGCCAUCCUCAGUAAGGCGUUGGUCUGCCUUGGGGACAUCGAGCGCUACAAGGAGCAGUACAACGAGGCGGGUGGGCGUCCGCGGGCAGGGCACGAGGACGGGCCCCCUGCCGCUGGUGCGUCUGGGAAUCAGAAGGGUGGCCGCGGUAAGAAGGGCGCUGCCGUGGCAAACGGGGCGGGUGCGCAGGCCCCUGUGAUGCCGCGUAUGCGCAACUACGACAAGGCACAGCAAUGCUACCAGCAGGCGCGGAUCCUCCUGCCGCAGGACGGGAACCCGGCGCACCAGAUGGCGAUUCUCGCGUCAUACCAGAAGGAUGUAUUUGGGUCCCUCGUGCACUACUAUCGGGCGCUGUGCGUGAAGUCACCGUACGAUACUGCUGCAGAGAAUUUGGGGACGGUGUUGGCGAAGACAUUGGACCAGUGGAAGGCGAGGGGUGCGAAGAGGGAUAGAGAGCGGGAGAAGGAGCUGGCGCGGGGAGAGGCGCCAUCUAUGGCUCCGCGUCUGCGUGUUGAGUCGUUCAAGGAGAAGCUGAUCGUUUUGCAUGCAUUAUGGCGAGUCCCACCGGAAGAGGCGGAGGCGUUGUCGCCCAACCUCUCGAACAAGCUUGCGGAAGACUUCAGGUCCCUCGUCUCUGAGCGCAUCCUCCCACUCGAUAUCGUCCUCAAAACCACAGUCCUCGCCCAAGGCGCACUGUGGAAGCACCGCAUGUUUCGCUCCGCUCCCACUAAUGGACACAGGAAAGGCUCAUCGCUAUCGACUACGUCGGUCGUCGAGAGCUCCAUCGCUGGGCACCUACUCAUGAUGCAUCGAAUCCUGCUUGAGGUCGGCGUUGUACAGAUUGCAGAGGCUCCCCCUGAGGACGCUGGUGAACAUGACUUGGCGCAGCGUAUCACAGCUGCCUUCCGUAGGACGCUACCCGCACUCCGAAUCGCCAGCAAGUGGCUUCGCGCCAAUAUGCGCUACGUUGGUCAACCGGCACCAUCAGGCGCGAACGGAGUAGAGGCUGAAACCAGCUUGUCCAAGUUGAAAGGUCGGGACCGUCGGAGGGGCAAUGAUUGGCGGUCCCCCAGUGUAUCCCUGUCGCUCACUAUUCCUGGCCUUUCUGAGUUCUGGCGCGCGUACGCUCAGUUCUCGACAGCACUCCACAAGGCGUUCCCAACGGAGAAACUUCCGAAACUGGUAACGACGCUGGAAGAAGAUGUAGAGAUGGCCGGCUUUAGUCCGCUGAAGAGGUUUGUACCUGGGGAGGUCGUUAGUGCCGUCGGUGCCGCCGGCGCGAGCAAGGACGGCGCGAAGGACGUGCGUAGUGGGUCAGCGAACCGGGCCGCACAACCCAUCCUGCCUGAGCAGGUGCAUCCAAAUGAGGAGCAGCUCAUGCGCAUCGCCGAUCUUUUGGUGGAUGCCCAGGCUAUCGUGAAAGACGAGGCAUCACCAUUGACUUUCGCAGAUGGCAAGUUUGUCGUCAACGGUCUUCUGGAACCUGUCGCCAGCAGUGCUUCGGGCUCCGGCAGUGCAUCGGCUCCUGCUGCACCAUCUCAUGGGGCUGUACAGCCUUGCAACCGCAACUCGCUAUCCAAACCAGCCUCGCCGCGGUUGCCUUCUCGUAUUGCCUAUGAGCCCCGUCCUGCUGAGGUGGACGAUGACAACAUGACGGACAUCACAAGGACUGAAGACGAUCCCGUCGAACAGGCGUUCCGCAAGGUCUUCGGUCCACCUACAGAGACCGGGGAAGAGGACGAAGAGGAGGACGAGGAAGACGAGAUCGUUUGGAACCCUAGUGCCAGUACGGGUCCUCGCGACCCCGCCAUCAUCGCAGCAGUUCCAGCACCGUUGCCCGCGCCUCCAAUCCGGCCACUGAUUGCCAGCCCUCCCGUAUCUGCCACCAAAGUCAGCCCGCGCAGUCCUCAACCGCUAUCUCCGAGGUAUGCCGCUCAGAAGCACGCGGCGACCAUGAUCUCUACGGCGCCACCAUCGGCCGUUACGACUGCCAAGGAUAUCUUGUCUAGUGUUCUCCGUAGCCCACCUAGACCUGACGUCGCACGCUCCUUGCAUGUGCGUCAGGCGUCCGCUCCUCAUACGACACAUAUGCUCUUUGGCUCUCACCCACUUGGCGGCACGUCUAUCUGGUCGUCCAAUGACACCGAAACGGUCAAAUUCCAAGGCGCUGCAGGCACCACCAGCGGCCCUUCAUAUCCAUCAUACCACUCGCAAAAUCUACCUCAGAGCCCUCCAUUGUCUACAUUCUCGUUACAGACUCAGCCUGUUCUGGGGUUUGGGCACCCUUCUGUAGCGCCGGGACCUGCACAUCAGUACAACUCCGCAUUCAUUACUGGGCACCAACGCGUCCAGUCUCUGUCUACGACCCGCAACUCUCAAUUGUACUCGAGCCAAAGCCAGAGCCAGAGUCAGUACUCGGAUCUGUUUGGCCCCUACCCUGCGCUCGCUGAGCAAGCACCUGUGUGUUACAACACUGGAGUGCCUGGCGCAUACGCUGAUCCCAUCUAUUCUCGCAAGCUCGAUCCGACGUAUUCACGUCAGGAAGCGCCAGGUGUAGGAAUGAACGAUCGCGCCGUCCCCUUCCAUCUCGAUCAACGCGCUCCAGGCCACACUAGUGCAUUCCCUCCUCCCUUGUCCUCAAUGGCGCAACUGUGGAAUAACGCCGGAUGACGCUCGUAGCUCUGUUCUGCUCGAAAACCCACCUAUGCUUAGACGUUCUACGACUAGGGUAGAGGACAUUCCGAGCUUGAUCGACGUGAUCUAUGCCGUUGAUGAGCCCACUAGUCGUGUGGCUACCUUCGCUCGUCUCACCUGCUCUCGUAGACACCACUGUCCCGGAUGGCCGCCGCGCGUAGCUUCUCUGACGACACCGUUCCGACUCCGGGCCGUGUGUCCCGGCGUGGACAUGGACAUGGACAACGACUACCGCAAGCACGUAUGCCGCGUGUUCCCGCCGUUGUCCCGUCCCCGUUCUUCCUAUCGUCGUGGUUAUUGGAUGCAGCAUGCCCUAUCACGGGGGAGGGUCUCCCAGGAACAUGCUAUGUAUUGUGCACGUCCAGUUGUCGUGUCGUGACUUGCGAUCCUCGAGCCUGCUGUCAUUCUUGUUGUUCCACGUCUGUCGUUCAGUAUGUAUACAUUGUCUUCUCUUCCGGCCGAACGUACCGCGGGCUGGCUGCUUAUGUAUAGCACAAACACAGUGCGGCAUCAGUGUACUUCCUGUGUGAUCCCACCAUUC